AUGACAGAUCGGAGGAUACAGUCAUUACAAAAUAUACUAAACGAUCCUUUGCCAGUAAACAUAACAUCUGAGGACGCGACUUAUGAAUUAACGAAAUUAUUGGAAUGUUUGUCAAUAACAAAUCAAGAUCAUAGAAAUGAAGCUAUGGAAAGGCAAAGUUCAGACGAUCCAAAAAGAACUGAUUAUCUAGAAGAUAAUGAUAUAGAUCGUGCUUACAUAGAUAAUGAUGUUUCGCCAGCAAAAAGACAACGGGGAGACCCUAUACCAGUUAUCAAUGAUCUUCCGUUAUUACUAUCAAGUCCCGAGAUUAAAGACCACCCAAAACGAUUUAUACAUAGUCGUAAUAUAACAGAAUUGAAAAAUGGCGAUGUUGCUUGCAUACAAUCAACAAAGAAAGGUCAGCGUAAUUAUCCAUCAACAGAAAUCAGACAAGAAUGGCGUCCUGAAGAACAUGAAAAAACGCGGUAUAUGCAGGUGAGCUUAAUGCAAUGGGAUGGAAAAGAGAUACACCAGUCAUUAGCAAUCGUACCAAAUGAUGCAGUAGUGAAUGAAUCAGAUCAGAUUGUAACGGAACGUUGUUCAACCAAAUGGGAUGAAAAAAUCAAUUCAUUAUAUUAUGAAAUUAACGACAACGAUUACGAAAAUGGGAGAAAAGAAUAUCUAAUGAAACUAGUUAGACUGUCAUCUAAAGUGAAAGCAAAAGGAAAAACAAAAAGGAAAAUAUCGAAAGAAAUGGUAACGAAAGUAACUCCAAAUAACAAUAAUGAUAAUGAAAAACAGAAAUUGUAUAAACUGCGUUUUACUGUAUGUACGUUGAAUCCCUGUAGGCCAUUAACAAAACCAACAUUUUCAACAAUAAUACAAGAACAAAACGUUAUAAUACAAUUUUAUAGAUUUGUACCAUCUGCAUUACGCUUAGACGGGAAUGAAACAAUUGAUGUGGUAUUUAGUAGAGGUGAUUUAACACAUGGAAUACGAAUAUUUGUUAACGGUGAACGACUUGAUGAUAAUAAAAUACGUAAACAAGGAUCUACAUUUAUUAUUCCAUCAGUUGCACAACAAAAGCAUGGUCAAGAAGAUCUACUUAUUAAAGUAGAAAAAUACGAUGUUUAUCAAUCAGUUAUGAAUACCAAAGAUGAGUAUGCAGUAUUAAUCGAAGGCCGAAUACGAUACGAACAACCUCAGUCUCAAAGUAAGGGAGCGUGUCAAAAUGUAUUCCGGUCGGUCGGUCGCUAUUCCGCUCUUCCUCUAUUCCGCUCUUCCUCUAUUCCUGUAUUCCUCUAUUCCUCGACUAUUCCUCUAUUCCUGUAUUCCGCUAUUCCGCUAUUCCUGUAGUCCGCACACAACAUUUCGUUUUAUAAGAACAUUUAUAUAGAUGUAUAUAUGAACUUCGUUUUCUUUUCUAAUUUAAUCUGAUUAAAUUAAUUUGAUUAUUUCUUCAG